UUGAUUAAUGCAAUUACUUUAUGUGUUUAACAAAUGAACCACGAUCCUUAAAACAAUGUGCCUUGCACAAGCAGAGAAGUCAUUUCGAAUGGUGGCGGACUUGAACUACAGAGCGGGGCUGUAGAAGACACUUCAGUACACACUAGUGCACAUAGGAACGACGCCUGGAAAUCACAGCAACUAUGAAUGCGGAACUGAAACCUACGCGAAUAUAGACUUCGCCAAAUAUAAACCGAAACUAAAAUAUGUAGUGGGAAGAUGCAGUAACAAAGCCUGCACUCUACAUAACUUUUAGGGAACAUGGACGAGAUAAGACCGCUGUUGGACAACUCGCCAGCAGAGGGCGCUGAUGUUCCACAUCUGAACCUGAGGCCGAGGCACCAGGAGUUGAUCCCGACACCAUGCGGCCCGAUCAAGCCCUGGGCGGAGCUGAGCCGAGCGGUGCAGCUGUACUUCUGCUUCACGCUGGCCUCCAUGUGCGUGCUGCUGGGCCUCACUCUGGCCAGCUUCUGCGGACAGUACGACGCCCUCCUGGAGCAAGACUUGGGUGUCUCCCUCAUCCAGCUGGUGGGAAUCUUGUUCUGCGUGUACUACGUGGUGCGGGGCGUACUGCAGGAGAACAGACAGGAGCUGUGUGCCUUCCUACUGAGCGUGCUCACUCUGGUCCUCCGCUCAGUGCUCAACUACAGCCUCCUGCCGCACCAGGAGCAGCAGCAUCUAAUGGUGAGGUUUGUGUGCAUACUGUGUGUGGGCGUGGUCCACGUCGUCUGCACCUGCCUCCUCAUCGGCGCGGCUGAUAGGAUGGCCUUUCGCGUGGGCGGGGCCUUGGAGAGCGUCCAAGAGCGGUACUUCCUGCUAAACCUGUGCUUCUCCAUGGUGACCUUUGACCUGCAAGCUCAGCUGUGCUUGUGUAUCUUGAUGAAAUCGGGGAGCGAAGCCACGAACCUCAGGGACAGCAUUCUGAUCGGCUGCGCCCUCUUCUGGUCAUGUCUCACUACUGCAGUCGGCGUGGUUGCUCUUUUGAAAGAAGCCAGAGUCUUGGUUUUGGUAUUCCUCCUCCUGAACAUUCCAGAAGUGGCCUUUUUCAUCUAUCUCAUGUUCACGGUCAUCAGCAGGUGGCUGGCAGACAGCGACGGCCCCCACACGCUGGAGGCUGCCAGCGUGGUGGGGGCCCUGCUCUCCGUGGGGAUCAAGAUGGCGCUCCUGGGGGCCCUCGGCCGUCUGGACAAGCACUUCCGUCAGGGCCUGAGGCCUGGGGAGCCUGGAGCUGCCGGCUGAAGCAUUAGUUACAAAUAUACAUAUUUUUUCCAUCAUUUUCCUAUUAAGUACAUAUCUAUAUAUACACCUGUAUCUAUAUAUCUAUCUAUAUAUAUAUAAUAAUAAUAAAUUGUAUUUAU